UAUGUUUAAACUCGCUUAACUUGGUUUUAACAUUAUGAUGUUUAUAAGGAACUUAAUUACACUUAUUUUAGUGGUGAGGUUUGCAUUUUCAGAUAAUUUCUCUUCAUCAUUGAACAUUUCUAGUAAUGAAGUACCAUUUGAAAAUUAUCCCAUUACUGAAGUACCACAGAAUGAUUCUUUCAUUAUUAAUCUAGACACUAUUUUAUCACAUUUUGCAUUUAUAGAUAAUUUCUCUACAUCAGGGAACAUUUCUAGUAAUGAAGUACCAUUUGAAAAUUAUUCCAUUACUGAAGAACCGAAUGAUUCUUUCAUUAUACACCUAGACACUAAUGCAUAUGGUGAUAUAUCUCAAAUUGCACCACUUGAUUUUGCAUCGGAUAGGAUUUAUGGUGACGUUACAGUGAUGAAGGAUUUAUUUAAAAAUAUUCUUUAUGAGUACGAUACAAGAAUACGACCUAUAUGGGACCAAUCAGCGCCCAUAAAUGUUUCAACAAAGUUUGUGCCGAUGAGUAUACUAGACUUCGACAUAGCAAGUCAAACGUUUUCGAUCCUUGGCUACUUCCGGGUAUGGUGGAGGGACGAGCUUCUGACAUGGAAUGAAGAACAAUACUCGCAAACUAAUACCGUUAAGAUACCAAUUAAGGAGAUAUGGACCCCACGUUUGAUCAUAUUAAAGGCAAUAAAGGGCGACGGUGUCGUUGGUAAUAUGGAAACUGACAUAGCAAAGGUUUCAUCUAGCGGGGAUGUGCAAUGGGUACCAGAGGGUUUAUAUAGCGUGGUUUGCGAUGUUAACAUCCAGUAUUAUCCGUUCGACAAGCAGGUUUGUACAUUGACGUAUUAUGUGUCGGAUGAAACUGAAGCAACCGUUGUUCUUAAUCACAACACUGAUGUCACAUUAGAAGAAUUCACGGACAACACGGCCUGGGAUGUGAAACAAGUAGAAACAAAGCAAAUCACAAAGUAUAAUAUAAGUUUCAUAAAUAUAUCUUUCCACGUGCACAGACGUGCAGGAUUUAUCACUUUCACGCUGAUUUUGCCCUUACUUAUGUUAGCUUUCCUAAACAUUUGUAUUUUUCUUGUGCCAAUCGGAUCUGGGGAGAAGGGAGCAUUUUCAAUAACUAUAUUUUUGUCUUACGGAAUAUUCAUCACCGUUGUCAGCAACACAUUACCUCCUAACUCUCUUCAAAUUUCUUACUUUGUUCUCUUCAUUACGGUGCUUUUAUUUCUGAGCGUUUUAACAGUGUUUUAUACCGUUCUUCAAGCAAAACUGAUCGCUGUCUUCGGGGACAAACGCUGUACAUGGGCAUUUAUUAUACCGAGUAAAGGUGUAAGGCAUGGUAGCGAUAUACAUGACGAGUAUGAGGAGAUUAAAGAUGUAGAAAAAUGUGGAAGGAAUGAAGUAGAAAACCCGUACACAUGGGCGAUGGUUUUGCAGCGUAUUGACACAUUUAUAUUCAUCGUUUUGCUCACAAUUGUUACUGUUGUAACAUUUUUGUUUCUAUUCUUCCUCAUGUGAAGUUCAAUAGUAUGAUAUACAUGUUAACACUUGAGUAGAAAAUGAGUGAGUGAGUGAGUG